AGUCUUGCAGAGAACCAGACAGAUGGCAUCGCUGGAACUGUAACGUUUAUCUCUUCAUUUACUACCAACAAUAAUUUUGAUCCUUCAUCGUUGUAUUCGGUUGGAGUCGGUUGACCGUGGAAGCAAGGAGGGGUCGGACCAAAAAAAAAAGGGAGGAUAAAAGAAAGCCAGCAAUAAAGCACGCAACAGUGUGAACUGGAGUGACAUUUGUCGAUAAUCUGUGUUUGAGUCAAGGACGUGAAAACUGACCAGCAGAACUAACAAGUCCCCAAGAACGGGCUGAGUCUGUGGAAAGUGUGAGGAAAGUGAUUUCACUGGUGAUUAGAAUUGAUUAGAAUUGAUUUGAAUUGAUUAGCCGUGAAGAUUAAGAUGUCUCGACCUGGUGACAGACAGAGCUACGCACAGACGUACAAAUUGGUUGUUGUUGGUGGUGGAGGUGUUGGAAAAUCAGCCAUCACCAUUCAGUUCAUUCAGAGCUAUUUCGUUACGGAUUACGAUCCAACGAUCGAGGAUUCGUACACAAAGCAGUGUGUCAUUGACGAAGUGCCAGCGAAGCUCGACAUUUUAGAUACCGCGGGGCAGGAGGAGUUCAGUGCCAUGCGUGAGCAAUAUAUGCGAAGUGGAGAGGGUUUCCUCCUGGUUUUUUCAGUGACAGAUCACUCCUCCUUCGAUGAAAUAAUGAAGUUCCAUAAACAGAUCCUGAGGGUCAAGGACCGCGACGAGUUUCCUAUGUUGAUGGUAGGCAACAAGGCCGACCUUGACCACCAAAGAUCCGUGGGAGUUGACGAGGCUCAGAACUUGGCACGCGUCCUCAAAAUCCCGUACAUCGAGUGUAGCGCCAAAUUACGUAUGAAUGUCGAUCAAGCUUUUCACGAGCUCGUGAGAAUCGUUCGUAAAUUUCAGUUGUCGGAGCGACCGCCGCUGAAGCCGAAUUACAAAAAAAAUAAAAAGAAAUGUUGUAUGUUAUAAUUCCGGGGAAUAAUCGAGGAAUCGAACCCCCGGAUCUGUGUCUCAUUCGUAGAAUUUUUACGAAACUGCAAUCUUAAUUCUGUGCUCGUCAGGGUUUUUUUUUUAUUUUUCCUCACUUUUUACUUACAUUUUCUAAGCGUAAAAAAAAUUACCAAAUUCGACGGGGAUUUCUUCUUGUGGCACUCAAAAAUUUUCCCUGAAUUUUCGGACAGAAGACUUUAAAAUUUUAUUAACCCAAAGGCACCCAAAAAUUUUUAUGACACGCACACGAAAAUUCCACCAUAUUCAUGAGUCUUCAAGGGAAAUUGAAUAUUGAAUGCCGAAUUCCUUGAAAAUUCAGGGGAAAAAUUUAAACCAGUGUAGAUUAGAUAUUCCAUAAAAGGCGCACAAUGAUACCGAUUAUUAUUAAAAUGAAGGUCUUUCCCGCCUUCGGAGUUCAAGAUAUUUUUAUAUCAUAUUUAUAUGUGAAACGAAGCCUGGAAAUUAACUGGCGUACCUGCCUAUUUAAUUAUCGAGUAAUAAUGGAGGAAGUUGCACUGCCUCAUCGAAAACCAAUGGAUUUCCUCAAACAUGGGGCAUGCCAUGCCAAUUCUGCCACCUAAAUUUUAUUUUCCUUCCACGAACACGGAUUUUAAAUUAAUUAAGCACAUAAAUACAUGAUUAUUUGCAAUUUUUUAUUGUUUCAGCAUGACUUUUAUGUUAUAAACCUUAAUUAUUCUAAUUUAAUAUUUAUGGAAAGAAAAAACAAUUUCCCCUCUCUUCCAGUAUUUUUUUAAUACUGCAGCAAGUGAAGGUAUAAUAUUUUUUUUUUCAAGAUUCAGGGAUUAAUUCAUAGCCACAAUGGCUGAUUUGCAUGGGAUGUCCCUUAUCGGUGUCCGGAGUUAUUUUUGGGGGGUCUUGUCCGGGAGAUUUUUGUCUGGGUGAAUAACUCUUAGAACCCCCUUAUCACCUUCUCAACAUCGAUUUCUAAAUUGUCGAUUCUGUAAGGAAUCAACGUCAGGACGUACAAACUAACACAGUUCAAUCAUUACAUUCAAUAUAUUUUUUGUAAGUUCAGUUCGAUUAUUUGUCCUAACAUAUCCAUUACGAAUUAACUAAACAGAAGAGUAAAAUACACGUAACGACGAGAGGAGCAGGUAGCAAUCCCCAGUAGAUAAUCUAAUGGGCCUACUUAUGUAUUUAACAGUACUCUGUAAAUAGUUAGGUUUAAAAAUGUCGAAUGAUUUUUAAUACAUAUUUAUUGCGGCAAAUUUUUAACUGAUAUUUUGUACGAAACGUAACAAAAUUUUUACUGCCGGAAGCCAAUGAAUUUGUGAAUAUAAAUUUUUAGAAUCUGGACAAUAAUUAUUAUGAAGUAAAAAAAUCAAAUAAAUGUACUAAACAAAA